AAAACAUUGAGUAGCCUAUUCAGUUGGAUCGAUUUAUUUAUUGAUUUUAGGGUUCAUAUUACCAAUGGACCCUGCAGUCUCCUCUCAGUGAUUCUGGUAUCUGUGGUGACAUCUAGUGGUAGAGUGUUGCAGGCCCAUGCGCAUGUGUCCAGCAGGUGAGCAGGUGACUGUAGGACAGGUGAGUCAUCACAGCAUCGAGCUCAUCUGGACACGAGAACACGGCACGAACUGGACCGACCCCCCGGAAAACUGGACCUGCUUCACCCUCGAGCAGAAGAACGACAGAAAACACACAUAUAAAGAGAUACAUAAGGGGUACAACACGCAGUUCACGGUGGAGAAUCUAGAGCCAAAGACCACCUACACAUUCAGACUGAAGGUCACGUGGCCGUCUGGUCAGCAGCGCUAUUACCCAUCAGUCACUGCUUCUACAGAAAAGGAGCCUCUGAACGGGAGGAAUCUUCACAACGCCGUCCUCAAGUGUGAUGAGCUGGAGCUGUGUCGAGUGCUGCAGUCGAUAAAAGUCAUGGUGGAUGUUCCUGACAAGCUGGACUUUACUCCUCUAAUGGUGGCAGCGAUGAAGGGUUUUACUAGAGGAGUUCAGCUUUUGGUGCAUCAUGGCGCAGAUGUGAACAAAAAAAACAGCAGUGGUAAAGACAGCCUGAUGCUGGCGUGUUUCCACGGGCACCUGGAUGUGGUGAAGUUCCUGCACAGCUGCGGGGCGUCCUGGAGCUCUCAGGACCGAUCGGGCUGCUGCGCUCUGCACUGGGCCGCAGCUGGAGGACACCUGCCCCUCCUGCAGUACCUCAUACAGGACGGGUGUGAGGUCGAUGUGCGGGACGGCGCCUCCUGGACGCCCCUCAUGAUCGUAUCGGUCAUAACCGGAGACACGGCCGCAGCUUCACUGUUAAUCACAGCUGGUGCUGAUGUUAAUGUACAGGACAGAAACGGGAAAACACCACUGAUGGUGGCUGUGCUGAAUAAUUAUGAGCAUCUAGUUAAAAUCCUGCUGGAGAAUGGAGCCGAUCCAAACAUUCAGAACCAGGCCGGCGUUAGUGCUGUGCAGAUGGCUCGCGCAUUUGAAAGGAAGAAUAUCAUCAGUCUGCUUGUGGAUGAGAAGUGAGAGACGUCGGACUAAAUGACACAAACCACACAUCAGUUUCAUAAACAACUUUACUUGCGCUGCCCUUUAUGUCGACCGAUAUUUGUGUGCUGCAGACAUCAACGUAUUUCACAUUUCUUGAUUUAUCAAAGGUUUAUCAUAAAAAAGCAGUUUACACCCGUGACACUGAAGAAAAUACGAAAAGAACGUUACAUGAGCAGAUUUACUGAGUGCGGAUACAAUGUGAUUCAAAGUGAAUAAUAAUAAAUGAUAACUGAGAUUAAAACAAGCAAGGCAGUUAACCUGGAGACACGUGAUCAUCGUAUCAAGUCAGCGUCUAGAUCCGAACAGUCCCUGUGCGUACUGUAAUGCACUGUGUGGUUUAACACUUUAAAAAGGCAACGGGACACUCGUGAUGUUUACUAAUACAGUGAAUGAAGAUGAAUUUACAAUGUAAACAGAUAUAUUGGCACUCAUAAGGUGUCAGAAUGCAGGCAUAAAAGACCCACGUUUGAGAUCACAAAUGGCUCAGUGGCAACAAAUAACAAUGCAAGAAGACUCAGUCUUGAUUAAAACAAGGCAUGUUAAUCUCAGUGCCAAACAUCAACCUGCAAAUGGAGAGUGAAAUUUGCAUUAUUUCUUAUUAAAAUACACUAUAUUCAAAACCUUGGGUAACUUUCAGUAUUUCGAUUUUUGAGAGAAAUUAAUAAAAGGAUGCAUUAAAUUGAUCAAAAGUGACAGUAAAACAUUUAUAAUGUUACCAAAGAUUUAUAUUUCAAAUAAAUACUAUUCAUUUGAGCUUUCUAUGUAUCAAUUAUCCUGAAAAAGUCAUGGUUUCCACAAAAAUAUGAAGCAAACUCUUUUAAACAUUCAACAUAGAAAACACAUGACUGUUUUUACUGUAUUUUUGAUCAAAUAAAUGCAGCCAUU